AUGGCUGUCUUAUCAAAACUACAGCUUCUGAAUUCGACAUUGACUUAUAAGAACUGGUCACCAGCUUUUAUUGGAAUUUUCGGAUGUAUUACUAUUGCUAAAAUCUAUUCCGCAGGUUUUAGAAAUGAAGGAAAAGGACUUUCUUUAUCUGAAACUGUUGGAGUUGGGACUGUUAAAAAGUCGAAGGCUUCUCUCAAUGCGGAAUUCUUCGCCAAGUUGCAAAAACUUCUGAGAAUCUUGAUACCUGGUGUAUUCUCAACUGAAGUUUUCUACAUGAUUGUCAUCGGAUUUGUUCUUCUUGGUCGAACAAUUGCCGAUGUUUACAUGAUUACAAAUGCAACAAGUGUUGAAGCGUCAAUUAUUGAUCGGAGUCCCAUUAUGUUCGCCAUGUCGGUGUUCAAAUAUUUCCUCAAUUUACCAGCUAUUUCACUUAUCAAUGCUCUUCUCAAAUUUUCAUUGUCUGAAUUGAAACUGAGAUUCAGAGAGAAUCUCACAAAAUAUUUGUAUGGAAAGUAUCUUGGAGGAUUCACAUACUAUCAGAUCUCAAAUCUGGACAACAGAAUUCAAAAUCCAGAUCAACUUUUGACUCAAGAUGUUGAGAAAUUCUGCGACGGAAUCGUGGAGUUGUACUCAAAUCUUUCGAAACCAAUUCUCGAUGUGUUCUUGUACGUUUUCAAGUUGGGAAGAGCUCUCGGAUGGGAAGGACCAGGACUUCUUUUCGGUUAUUUGAUGGCUUCAAUGGUGGUUUUGACAAAGCUGAGACGACCGAUUGCCAAGUUGACAGUUCAAGAACAAGUUCUAGAGGGAGAAUACAGAUAUGUGAACUCAAGACUCAUUAUGAACAGUGAAGAAAUUGCAUUCUAUCAAGGAAAUAAACCAGAGAAACAAGCAUUGAUGGGAUCAUUCAACAACUUGGUUUAUCAUUUGAGAAAGACUAUCAUGUUCAGAUUCACUCUCGGAUUUGUCGACAACAUUGUUGGAAAAUACAUCACAAAUAUUGUCGGAUGGGUGGCUUGUGCCAAGACAUUCUUCGAUGUAAACAAUGAGAAAUUCAAUGAAAUGGACAGAAAUGAAUUGAUGCAAGAGCUCUAUAAUAAUGGAAGAAUGAUGCUGAAACUGUCGGAAGCACUCGGAAGAUUGGCUCUUGCUGGAAGAGAUAUGACUAGAUUGAGUGGAUUCACAACGAGAGUUGAUACAUUGAUGAAAGUGCUGGAUGAUAUGAAGGCUGGAAGAUUCGAGAAGGCACAAGUUGCAGAUGAAAGUGGAGAAGAACAUCAGAGAUUGACACUCAAAGCAGGAAACGGAAAAUUAGUUGCUCAAGAUAACAUGAUCAAGUUUGAAGACGUUCCAUUGGUUACUCCGAAUGGAGAUGUUCUCAUUGAAUCUCUUUCUUUCGAAGUUCCAUCGGGAAGAAAUGUAUUGGUUUGUGGUCCGAAUGGAUGUGGAAAGAGUUCAUUGUUCCGAACACUCGGAGAGUUGUGGCCAGUGUUUGGAGGAAUUCUGACGAAACCAGCCAAGGGAAAACUGUUUUAUGUGCCACAAAGACCGUACAUGACACUUGGAACUCUCAGAGAUCAAGUCAUCUAUCCAGAUACUGUAUUUGAUAUGAAAAUGAAGGGAUUGACUGAUAAGGAUCUGGAACAAAUGCUCGAGAAUGUUCAAUUGACUCAUAUUCUUGAAAGAGAGGGAGGAUGGUCAGCAGUUCAAGACUGGAUGGAUGUUCUAUCUGGUGGAGAGAAACAGAGAAUCGCGAUGGCUCGUCUAUUCUAUCAUAAACCACAAUUUGCAAUCUUAGACGAAUGUACAUCGGCGGUUAGUGUUGAUGUGGAGGGAGCAAUGUACCGUCUGUGUCGUGAAAUGAACAUCACUUUGUUCACAGUUUCUCAUCGAAAAUCUCUCUGGAAAUAUCACGAAUAUUCUCUUUAUAUGGAUGGGCGUGGAUCUUAUCGUUUUGAACAAAUUGAUGAUCAGUCUGAUCAAUUUGGAUCAUAA